UAGAGUUUUUCUUGGCGCGGGUGAAUCUUGCGGACCGCAGAGGAACAGCAAGGAUGCAGCGCGACAAAACCGGAAGCUCCGGCGGUGCGGAUAAGCCGGACAGAGAGACCGCCAUCAUGUCCAAGUACUAUGAUGGGGUCGAGUUUCCCUUCUGUGAUGAAUUCUCGAAAUACGAGAAGCUGGCGAAGAUCGGCCAGGGCACCUUCGGGGAGGUGUUCAAGGCCAAACACAGACAGACGGGGAAGAAGGUGGCUUUAAAAAAAGUACUCAUGGAGAAUGAGAAAGAAGGGUUUCCCAUCACCGCUCUGAGGGAAAUCAAGAUCUUACAGCUGCUCAAACACGAGAACGUGGUGAACCUCAUUGAGAUCUGCAGGACAAAAGGUGAAGCCACCCAGUUUAACCGCUACAAGGGCAGCAUCUAUCUGGUGUUCGACUUCUGUGAGCACGACCUCGCCGGGCUGCUGAGCAACGCCAACGUUAAGUUCACCCUGGCUGAGAUUAAGAAGGUGAUGCAGAUGCUGCUGAACGGACUUUACUACAUACACAGAAACAAGAUCCUCCACAGAGACAUGAAAGCGGCCAAUGUCCUGAUCACCAGAGAUGGCGUCCUGAAGCUGGCUGAUUUCGGACUGGCCAGAGCGUUUAGUUUGGCUAAGAACAGUCAGGGCAACCGCUACACGAACCGGGUCGUCACACUGUGGUACCGACCGCCUGAACUGCUGCUGGGUGAGAGAGACUACGGGCCUCCCAUAGAUCUGUGGGGCGGAGGGUGCAUCAUGGCGGAGAUGUGGACCAGAAGCCCCAUCAUGCAGGGGAACACAGAACAGCACCAGCUCACCCUCAUUAGUCAGCUGUGUGGCUCCAUCACUCCUGAGGUUUGGCCCGGGGUGGAUAAGAAGUACGAGCUGUAUCAGAAGAUGGAGCUUCCUAAAGGUCAGAAGCGUAAGGUAAAGGACAGACUGAAGGCUUAUGUGAAAGACCCGUACGCUCUGGACCUCAUCGACAAACUGCUGGUUCUGGAUCCGUCUCAGAGAAUAGACAGCGACGACGCUCUCAACCACGACUUCUUCUGGUCCGACCCCAUGCCCUCAGACCUCAAAAACAUGCUCUCCACACACAACACCUCCAUGUUUGAGUACCUGGCUCCGCCGCGCAGGAGAGGUCACAUGCCCCAGCAGCCAGCCAAUCAGAACAGGAACCCUGCCACCACCAGCCAACCGGAGUUCGACAGGGUGUUUUGAUUAAUCCAGCCGGCUGUGAUUGGUCAAGAAGAGAAAGACUUCUAAUAAAUCAGGAGGGACCUUUAGUGAUCUCACCCGAUUACAAAACAAGACAUUUCCACGUUUAUCUUGAGUUAUUGUUUCAUCAGAGUUGGAUGUGCGUGGAGUUGGCAGAUACGGUUCCUGUUGUUUACCGUUUGCACUCGCAGAAGCUUUAUCUAGAUUACAAAAAAAAAUUAUCAUUAAGACGAGUUCGGUUGAUAUGAAUUACCGAAUCCGUACUGAGCUGAUCCGGAAAAACAGCAUGAGUUUAUUGUGGGAGGGGAAAAAAAGAAGUGUACUUAAUGUUUUCAAGCAAAUUUUGUGUAGUAUCGGUUGGUUUUCCCUUUGAAAAUAGUUUUGACGAUCGAAGUUAGUCUGGCAGAGCCAUUAAACAUAAUUUAAACACCAUCUUUUCAGAUUUUAAGUUUUUUUUUAAAAUAUGUUUUUAUUUGUAAGAUCAUGUGUUUGUGUUGGGCGUAUUGGUGUAUAAGUUACAUGCAAGUAUAAUACACUAAUAAAACCUUUCACUUUUUCCA